AUGACGCUAACAACAACAACAACUUUAUUUUCGGCAUUGGAGAGUGGGGAGUUUCAUCGCAACAGGCGAUACUCUACCGACCUCGCUACCGACCUCAUAGCCGUUGAAACCAGCUUCGGAUGGAUUGUACAGAACGUCGGGGGUACCGUCCGUGGGACGAUAUCAUCGUUGGUGUCAGUCUUCUUCCUCGCACACGAAGAUCAGGAUCACUUCGAGAGUAUUGACCUGUCAGAGAUGUGGCGUCUGGACGCCCUCGGUAUUGCCGACCACGUUGCCGGCGACGACGACUCCGUCGCCUCACUUUGCUUCUCAAGUCAAGUAGAAAAGCGUAAUGGCCGCUAUGUGGUUCCACUUAUGGUUAAGGGCUCUGGACUUCCAGCCGAAGCAAACAACCGGGUAACGGCGGCGCAGCGGCUGGUCGCGCAGUUGCGGCGUUUUCGUACUUCCCCGCAGCUACUUCUCAAUUACGAUUCCGUCAUUCGGGAAUACUUUGACGAGGGUCAUGCCGAACGGGUUGCUGAUGUUUCGAACCAAACCGACAACGUGUACUACAUGCCCCAUCACGCCGUGAUCCGGAAAGACGCCGUAACGACGAAGCUCCGCGUCGUCUUCGAUGCCUCGUCUCACUGCCCCGGCCAACCGUCUCUAAACAGUCUCCUCAUGAAAGGACCCAAGCUGAACGCCGACCUCAUACAUCUAUUACUAGUGUUUCGCUGCAGCACCGUCGUCCUCACGGCAGAUAUAAGAAAGGCGUAUCUACAAAUCAGUAUUCGAACAGAUGACAGAGAUCUCCUCCGCUUCCUAUGGGUGCAGGACGUCGCCGCCCAUGAGAGCCCGCAGAUUGAGGAGUGGCGUAUGACCAGGGUCCCCUUCGGCGCCACAUCCAGCCCUUUCUUGCUGGCGGCAACGUUACAGCAUCAUCUCGCUUCCGUGGCCUCUCGAUACCCGAUGACUGUUCCACGGCUUUGUACAGGGUUCUACGUCGACGAUUUGGUUGUGGGAUGCACGUCAGAACCCGACGCCCUUCAAGUGUAUGGCGACACCAUUGACAUACUCCAGGAAGCCGGUAUGGAUAUACGGAAAUGGACUUCAAAUUCAUCCGCACUUCGCGAGCGGUUUCUGUCGGACGAGGUUUCCUACGACAACGCAUCCGAUGGCAACGCAACGAUCAAGGUGCUGGGCUUGUUGUGGGACCGGGACACAGAUAGUUUCACCUUUUCGGUCAAACGAGCACUCACGUUGUCUGCGUCCCAUCCUCCUACGAAACGUACGGUGCUCAAGACAUUCUCCCUCAUCUAUGACCCGCUCGGCUAUCUCGCACCCUUCAUCGUAACCGUCAAGCUCCUGUUUCAAAAUUUAUGGCGCAAGUCGUUGCCAUGGGAUGUUUGCGCCAUGGGAUGUUUGCGCCAUGGGAUGUUUGCGCCAUGGGAUGUUUGGGAACGAAGCGCCUCACCCAAUUCUGCAAAGGAACUCGCAAGUUCCAUCCCCUUGUUUGAGCAUUCAGUAACAUGGGGGAUGAAGCGGGCGAUGAAGCGGACGGAGCUUGCCGCCUGCGUUCACGCCUCGUCGUGA